AUCAAUUAAAGGGAAAGAAAAAGAAAACAUCAAUGGUCUUGAUUACAAUGCAAACUUCUGCAUUUUGUACUUGAAAACAUUAUUUGAUAUUAUAGUACUAUAUGUUAGUAUGUCUCACACACAUAUAUAACUCACUUGCAUGCAUGAUCAAUUAUUUCACUCACUUCCAAACUCUUUCAAAAGGUUUCAAAGAACAUAAUAUCAUCAAUCAAGAAUGGAGAUGAUCAAUCAAGAAAAUGGUGGAAAGAGAGGAGGAAGAAGAGGAGGAGGAGGUGUUGGUCGACCAAGGAUCAAUGGAUUAAGGGGAAACUCUCCACCACCAUUUCUGGUGAAGACAUAUGAAAUGGUGGAUAAUCCUGAAACUGAUCCUUUGGUACAUUGGACUUCUAGCAAGACCACUUUUCUUAUCACUGAUCCGAACAAGUUUUGUAUUGAAGUUCUUCCAAAGUACUUCAAACAUAGCAAUUUAUCUAGCUUCAUUUACCAGCUCAACAACUAUCGUUUUAAGAAGGUCUGUUCUUACAAAUGUGAGUAUGCAAAUCCAUGGUUUCGGGCUGGGAAAAAGCACUGGCUGAAAAAUAUCAAAAGCAGGAUCCAACUAUCCAAGGAGAACAAGCCACAACAAGGUUUGCAUAGCCCUCGUGUUGAUCCGGUGACUGAUAAUCUGGAAGAGGAGCUGGAGAAGUUGAGGAGUGAACACAUUAAUCUGAAGGUAGAACUUCAGAACUUGAAAGAUGGUCAAGAAAACAUGAGAGCUUUCUUUCCCACUUUGCAAGGAUGCAGAAAGGAAACAGAUAUUAGGAAUAUCUUGAAGUUACUUCUCGAGAAAUCCGAAGUCAGAGGAGAUUCUAGCAGCAAUGACACCAGAAAGGGGCCAGAUUGCGUGGCUGGCUCCGUCCAGGAUGGGAUUGGACAGACAUCAAACUCUGCUGGUGGCUCCGUGAGUUCCAAUGACAAACAGAAAGAAGCAGCAACUGCUCAAAAUGCUAAGAAUCGUGAGUUUUGGGUAAAACUGUUUGAAGAUGAUUCGGAGUCUAAAAAUGAAGGAGCAGAGUCUGAGCAGGAACUGAAUCGCAGGGCUAUGAUAGAGAUUGAGGAGAUGGUGGAAAGCAAGAUUGCUAUGGAAGGAGAGGCUUUGAUUGCAAAGGCUGCUGCUAGUUUGGAUGACGAGGCGGAGGCUUAUCUUCAACUAUGGACCUAGUAUAUUCUCUUUGCUUUCAUAUUUCCAUCAAAUACAAAGCUAUGAAUCCAACUACUUGUUUAAAUCGUGAUAUACUUUUCAAAUCAAGAAUUGUGAUCUUCUUUUCAAAUCAAAUUGUUACUUUGUCUGCAGGGUGCAGAAGAAAAAUGCUGACGAACUACAGCUGAUGUGAAAGUCCCGUUCUCCAUAUAGAUUGUUCAUAUGUUGUUCGAGGAACUAUUUAAUGUCUGUUCUGUUUAUAUAAUAUCACCAAGAAACUAUACGGGAUGUAGGAAGGUUUGGGAACUUUUUACUGAUUCAUAAUUGUAACUAAUUAGAGUAUCGGUAUCUAUUUUGUAGCUUAUCUAUAAAACUUUCACUUAGUCAUGACA